UCUCCAGAAAUUAGUAGAAAUUGCAUGUAUCUCUCAAGUGCAAAGGCAAUUUGGGAGUAUCUUCGUCGCAGUUAUUCCAUGAAACAAGAUAUGUCUGCUUGUUAUGAUUUAAAGAGGAAAAUCUUCAACACUAAGCAGGGAAAUCUUUCGAUCACUGAGUAUUUUGGAGUUCUCAAUGGUUUUUGGAUUGAGUUGGAUCAGUAUCAGAAUUUGAAGAUGGAGUGCAGCAAGGAUACUGCCACCUUGAAUACUGUUGUUGAGCGGGAUAGGAUCUUUGAUUUCCUAGCAGGCCUUAAUGCUGAAUUUGACCCUAUUCGGGUGCAGAUUUUGGGUAAGGAAAAAUUUCCUGAUCUUAAUGAAGUUUUUUACACUGUCCGUAGUGAGGAAACCCGUCGUCAAGCUAUGCUUCAUGAACAGCCCCCGGAUGUGUCAGCAUUAGUAGCUAGCAAAACAACAAGACAAGGACCACCACCAUCAUCAUCCAAGAAUGUGCGUGACAAAUUCUAUUGUGAGCAUUGCAACCGAUCAGGGCAUACAAAGGAUAGGUGUUUCAAACUUCAUGGGAGGGAGCAGGUUCUUAGCCGAGGUGGCGGUUCUCGCAACAUGCACCAGUAUCAGGCACAUGUUGCUACACAUGUCCAGGAUACUGAAAGCUUUGAAAAGAGGGGAACUGAUCUUUCCUCCUUCAGUCAGAAUGAUGUGGAACGGUUGAAGUCUAUGCUUGACUCCAUGAGUAAGCCUUCUGGUUCUGGGUCUCUAGCAGUUACUGGACCUUACCACGGGGCAGACGAUUGGAAUUGCUAAGGAAAAGGAAGGGUUAUACUACUUCUCUGAUGACCAUCCAAAGGUGUUGUCCUCCUGUUUCCAGUCUCAGUCUUCCUCUUCAGCCUCACAAAUUUGGCUUCAGCACAAGCGUCUCGGUCAUCCUCCAUUUUAUAUAAUUAAGUCUAUGUUUCCGUCGUUGUUCUUACACCAUUCUGUUGAGUCUUUUAAGUGUGAUGUUUGUCAGUUGACAAAACACAAUCGUGUAUC